AUGGCAUCAGCACAUGACAGAGCAGUUUUACAGGCCAUCUUUAACCCUACCAGCCCUUUUGGAGAUAUCCCUGGAUUCAAUCAAGAAGAUGAGCUGACAGACGAUGACAGUGUUUUUGACCCAGAGCUAGUGAAACAGAUGAAAGAUCUGGAACUGCAGGGAGUUUCGGCUGCUGAGUCUGGAGACCUGCCCGCUGCUCUUCAGUAUUUUAACCAGGCCAUCAGGAUCCUGCCUCAGAGGGCUUCAGCCUACAACAACCGAGCCCAGACCAAACGCCUGAAGGGAGACACCAAAGCUGCAGUAGAAGAUCUGGAGCGUGCCAUUUCUCUCAGUGGCCAUGUUGGGCGAUCAGCCUGCCAGGCUCUGGUGCAGCGUGGGCUCCUUCUAAGGUUGUCGGGUCGUGAUGAGGAGGCUCGGGUGGACUUUGAGAAGGCAGCAGCUCUAGGCAGUGAGUUUGCUCGGCAGCAGGCUGUGAUCCUGAACCCCUACACUGCCCUAUGCAACCGUAUGAUGUCAGAGGUCAUCAAUAAACUACGCAACCCAGAAAUGUCAGACAUGCCAUAGAGAUGGA